AUGACUGGAAGUAACACGAUCGCCAGCAAAGGUUCGGCAAUCUUGGCGACCUGGGGCAGGCGAUGCGACAGACUCCUGUUCAUGACUAGUGGCGAAGACAGGACAAAUAUUUCAGGUCGAGUAUCCCUGCCGGGUGUGACCGAGGGACGUGAUGCUCUGGUGGAUAAGUCUCGCGAAGCCUGGAAGUACGUGUACGAGACGUACAGAGAGUCAUACGACUGGUUCUAUAAGUGUGAUGACGACACCUACACGGUGGUGGAGAAUCUCAAGUUCAUGCUGUACACAAUCAAUACCACGCAGCCACGUUUCCUGGGCAAACAUCUACAGGGUGGAGGUGUUGACUGGGUAUCUGGCGGUGCUGGAUACGUCCUCAACAGAGCAGCCCUGGGAAAACUGAGGGAGAAAAUCGGAAAAGGCUGUAUGACGAACGCUCGCAUAGAACACGAGGACCAGCUGGUUUCUAUCUGCCUGAAAUCAGCUGGAGUCGCCAUCUCAGACAGCCAGGACGUAGCAAGGAGCAGGAUCUUGCCCCUCAGUCCAGAGCUGCACCCUCACACCCGGCGCUAUAGCUGGUUCAGUGUACAAAUGGGUGCUGAAGUACUCCGUGGGCAAGUCGAGGAAAACGAGGGACCCAGCUGCUGCUCAGAACUGGCGGUUUCGUUUCAUUAUAUUUCACCGCAAUCGCAGUAUGCUAUGGACUAUCUCAUCUAUAAGCUGCACAAGUUUGGUGCAUGGUCCAGCGAUCUUAGGCGACUGGAAAAUAGCUAG